AUGAAUGAAGAUGAAUAUUCAUAUGAAAUGACUUCAAUAGUGAAUGAAAAACAUCCACAAACUUGCAAAGAGGAAGUAAAACAAGAAAGAAGGAUUAGUGACAAUGGAGAGGAGCCUUUCAGAUCCACUGACUGUGAAAAAGCAUUUUACAAGAAAAUUAAUUUUAUCGUAAAAACAUUCGUGUGCAAUGAAUGUGGGAAAGUAUUUUCCAGGAAACCAGAUCUUACAGUUCAUAUGAGAAUCCAUACUGGAGGAAAGCCAUUCGUGUGCAAGGAGUGUGGGAAAGCAUUUUCCAAGAAAUCGCAUUUUAUAGUUCAUAUGAGAAUCCACACUGGAGAAAAGCCAUUCGUGUGCAAAGAAUGUGGGAAAACAUUUUCCAAGAAAGCACAUCUCACAGUUCAUAUGAGAAUCCAUACCGGAGAGAAGCCAUUCGUGUGCAAGGAGUGUAGGAAAGCAUUUUCCAUUAAACAUUCUCUUACACGUCAUAUGAAAAUCCAUACUGGAGAAAAGCCUUUCAUUUGCAAGGAAUGUGGGAAGUCAUUUUCCAUGAGAGAUAUUCUUAAAAGUCAUAUGAAAAUCCAUACUGGAGAAAAGCCUUUCAUUUGCAAGGAAUGUGGGAAAGCCUUUUCCCAUAAAUCAGAUCUUACAAUUCAUCUGAGAAUCCAUAGAGGCAUUCAUAUGCAGAAUGAAGCAUUCCCAUAA